AUGAGUGCCGACAAGCUCCGCACCCAGCAGCAGCUCGAGAACCUGCAAGCCCGCUACGUCGGCACCGGCCACUCGGACACGACCAAGUUCGAGUUCACCAGCAACAUCAAGCGCGACUCGUACGCCUCGUUCAUCGGCCACCCGCCCAUGCUCUCGUACAUGGCCGUGGGCGCGGGCGUCUCGCGCGAGCGCAUGCGCCUCUCCAUGAUCGACUCGAUGAUUCGACCCGUCGGCCCGCCGCCCGAGGAAGAGGAGCUGCGCCAUAAGGACAUCCAGCCCCAGUUCUUUGGCAAGAGGGCCGAGUUGGACAUGAAGGACCACUUUUCGACGCGGGGCGAGGAGGCUGUCCAAGCGGAGUUUGAGCGCGAGCAUGAGCGCCAGCUCGAGCGCAUCCUCGCGCGUAAGGCCAUCGCCGCGACCCUCGCUGAGCGCCUUCGCAAGCCUGACGCCUCCAAGUCCAAGUGA